CGUAAACACAGCUACCAAAAAUAAAAUACGUUACUUUUUGGACAAUUUCACUCAAAAUUUGAAGGGUCACAGAUAACUGCACUAUAGCUCUAAAUUUAAUUUUGGUCUAGAGUUGAUUUGUAAAAUGUAAUUUUCGAUCUCUAAAAGAGUUGCCUUUAAUGCUUAGGGUAGAAGAGCAUCACUGAGGAAUUCAUUGUAUCCCUGGAUAUAUCGGCUAUUUACAAGGAUUUAAUCCUCAUAAAUUAUUGCAGUUCGAGAAGACGUAUGCUAGAAUGACACACGAUAUCAUGACUCAGCACUUAAAUGAUGAUUCUUUAUGUAGCAAUUUUGAAAGACUGAGAGAAGAAUAUCCCAGAUUAGAUUCUUAUACUAAAUAUACUCCCAUAGAUGACAUUUUGCCAAGAACUCUUACCUUCAGUAAAAGGUUGUGUGAGCGUCCAAAGCAUCGACAAGUGCCGGCAUAUGCUACCUUCACUAAUCCCAUGAACUAUGGUCAAUCCGUGUACGAUAUGAGUGACUUGGAUCCAAGGAAAACAUAUAUGCCAGGAUACACAGGUUAUUGGACUGGUAAAUUUGAUGACAUGGGUGUGACCUUUUCGAAAGGUGCUCAUCAGGAUUUGUCUGACCUCACCGCCUCCAGAUUGGAACGAUUGGUGGCUGAACGAAGACCAAAAGUGAACGAGUGGUAUCGAUGUCCUGUUCUGUAUCAACGAUCCGUGCCCUCCACAGAACAACGCCUCAUUUUUUCUGGCGCUAUUCCAGGAUAUACUGGGCAUAUUCCACACUGAAUUAAAAAACCCAUUAAAUAUAUGUUGAUGUAACGUUUUU